GGAUUCAGCUCCUCCCGCACGCUGGUAGCCCAGCUUAGCAGGGAGGGCAAGGGCCUCUCAGGUUGAGGCUGAACCUGGAGGGUGCUGGGUAGGAACGGGUAGGCCAUCAAUCAACCACCGCGGGUGCGGGCGCUGGCGCUGGCGCUGGGCCGCCCUCGUCCCGCGGGAAGCAAAGGAGAGGAGAGGAGAGGAGAGGGAACUGCGGUAGCGCCACGUCAUCCAGUAUUACGGCGCCGACACGUGGCACGUGGCUAAUCUUCAUCCGCUGCAGCAACGCCACGUCGCCUUAUUUCUGACCUUGCUGCCAUAGACUAGCAGCACGUGGUACGUGGCACGCCCCGUUCGCAUUCCGUGAGCAGUGAGUGAGAUCUGUGUGAUUGUUUCAGUCUCGAGGCCUGUCCGUGUGCCUGCAGGGGGUGUGGGAGAGAGAGAGCGAGAGCGAGCGAGCGAGCGAGCGAGCAAGAGAGAGAGAGAGAGAGAGAGAGAGAGAGAGAGAGAGAGAGAGAGAGAGAGAGAGAGAGAGAGAGAGAUGACAUACAUUCGCAGGCUGUGAUCAGCGACCGGGAUCGGUAUGAUUGUGUAAGUGUCGAGCCCUGUUACAAACACACACACACACACACACACACAGAAAGAGAGAGAGAGAGAGAGAGAGAGAGAGAGAGAGAGAGAGAGAGANAGAGAGAGAGAGAGAGAGAGAGAGAGAGAGAGAGAGAGAGAGAGAGAGAGAGAGAGAGAGAGAGAGAGAUGGAGUGUGAGAGGAUGGCGGGGCAUCCGGUGCAGGAAGAGGAAGAAGAGGAUGGGAAGGCGUUUCCGGCCUGGGCGCGAUCUUUGGACCAGUGUUUCGGUUAUUAUGACGUGGACCCUAAUUAUGGAUUGACGAAGGAGCAGGUGGAGAAGAGGAGAGAGAGGUAUGGCUGGAACGAGCUGGAAAAGGAGCCAGGUACUCCCAUGUGGCGGUUAGUUCUACAGCAGUUCGACGAUCUGCUUGUGAAGAUUCUCCUUCUCGCCGCCGUUGUCUCUUUUGCUCUUGCGUACUUGGACUCCGACGAAGCUUCCUCCCCCUCCUCCUCCUCCUCCUCCUCCUCCUCCUCAGUCGCCGGCGGCGAAGUAGGAGCUGCUGGUGGCGUCGGUGGGAGUAUCACCGCUUACGUGGAACCCUUAGUCAUCUUGCUUAUCCUCAUCAUAAACGCGUUUGUGGGCGUCUGGCAAGAGAACAACGCUGAGAAGGCGCUGGAAGCCCUCAAGGAGAUGCAGUCCGAGCAUUCCCGCGUUUUGCGUGGCGGGAAAAUGGUCGACGACCUUCCUUCCCGCGAACUUGUCCCCGGGGAUAUCGUUGAGCUUAGGGUUGGGGAUAAGGUGCCCGCGGACGCGAGGGUGUGUGGUCUCCACACCUCCACGCUGAGAUUAGAGCAGUCCGCCUUGACCGGCGAGAGCGUGGCAGUGCUGAAGUCCCAUCACGCAGUCCCACAUGAGGAUGUGGAAUUGCAGGGGAAAGAGUGCAUGGUUUUCGCGGGAACGACCGUUGUGAACGGGACCUGCCACGUGCUCGUGACCGGGAUCGGGAUGCAGACGGAGAUAGGCAAGAUCCAGGCCCAGAUUCAGGACGCCAAUAAGGACGACGACGAGACGCCUCUCAAGAAGAAGAUCAACGAGUUUGGAGAGAAGCUCACCCUCGUGAUUGGCGCCGUCUGUGUCCUCGUCUGGGCAAUCAAUUACAAGUACUUCCUGAUCAUCACGGUAUCAGAGGAGGGGAAGAUGACGUGGACGUUCAGCCUCCAGAAGUGCACGUACUAUUUUAAGAUCGCCGUCGCGCUCGCCGUCGCGGCCAUUCCCGAGGGAUUGCCAGCUGUCAUCACUACAUGUCUCGCGCUGGGAACGAGGAAGAUGGCGCAGAAGAACGCCAUUGUCAGGAAGCUGCCGAGUGUCGAAACCCUUGGCUGUACAACCGUUAUAUGUUCAGACAAAACGGGUACCCUCACAACCAAUCAGAUGUCUGUGACCACGCUCGUGGGAGUCGGUUACAAGGAAGACGUGUUGCGCGAAUGGACCGUCGAUGGGACCACGUAUAAUCCAAAGGACGGGUGCAUUUUAGACCGAUGGGUGCCAGGGAACCUCGACGAGAACCUUGAAGUCAUUGCGUCCAUUUGUGCGUGUUGUAAUGAUGCGGGACUGGUCUACAAGAACAACGCAGUCAGGGCAACGGGCAUGCCAACAGAGGCAGCACUGAAGGUGCUUGUGGAGAAGAUGGGUGUGCCAGACCCAAGAGAGCAACAGAGGCUCAGAAAUAUCUCGGAAACGGAUCCCGAAUCCCUUGUACAAGGAUGCACGGAUUGGUGGGUGGCUCUGCACCCUCGUCUAGCCACACUGGAAUUUGAUCGCAGCAGGAAAUCGAUGAGUGUGAUUGUCAGAAUGCCUUCUGGGAGAAACAGGCUUCUUGUCAAGGGGGCGGUCGAGUGCGUGUUGGAUAGAUGCACAAAGAUUCAGGCGGAGAAGGGCGUCGUUCUAAAUAUGACACAGCAGGCGCGGAACCGAAUACUCAGCAAGCUCAACCUGAUGGGGUCCAAGGCACUAAGGUGCCUGGCGCUCGCGUACCGGGACGACCUUGGCAGCCUGUCGUUCUAUGACGGCGAAGGCCAUCCUGAACAUGGGUGGCUGGCAGAGCCUGCAAAUUAUGCAAGCAUCGAGAGUGACAUGAUUUUUGUCGGUAUGGUGGGAUUAAGGGACCCGCCACGAGAGGAGGUUCCCCGCGCUGUUCAAGACUGCAGGGAUGCGGGGAUCAGGAUUGUGGUCAUUACCGGGGACAACAAGAACACAGCGGAGGCCAUUUGCAAAGAGAUCGGUGUUGUGCAGGAUGGGGAAGACACAUCCUUCUGCAGUAUUACAGGCAAGGAUUUCACAUCCCUCCCGUACAACAAACGGUAUGAGUUGCUUCUCAGCCACAGGGGUGGGUGCGUAUUCUCGAGGGCAGAGCCCAAACACAAGCAAGAUAUUGUGAGAAUGCUGAAGGACGCUGGAGAGAUUGUGGCUAUGACAGGUGAUGGUGUGAAUGACGCUCCUGCGCUGAAGUUGGCGAAUAUUGGAAUUGCAAUGGGAAUUGCUGGCACAGAGGUGGCGAAGGAGGCAUCAGACAUGGUGCUGGCAGACGAUAACUUCAGCACUAUUGUGGCGGCCGUCGCUGAAGGGAGGUCGAUUUACAACAACAUGAAAGCGUUUAUCAGGUACAUGAUAUCUUCGAAUAUUGGAGAGGUGGCUUCCAUCUUCCUGACAGCGGCGAUGGGGAUGCCGGAGGGUCUUAUCCCUGUGCAACUGCUCUGGGUGAACCUGGUCACAGAUGGUCCGCCUGCAACUGCCUUGGGUUUCAAUCCGCCGGACACAGAUAUUAUGCGCAAGCCUCCCCGACGAAGCGACGACCAGCUGAUCAACGUCUGGGUUUUCUUCCGCUAUUUGGUGAUUGGCACAUAUGUCGGUCUGGCGACGGUUGGAGUGUUUGCUGUGUGGUACACCCAACCAUCUUUCAUGGGCAUCGAUCUGACCGCUGACGGCCACUCUUUCAUCACGUUUCACGAACUUCGCACGUGGGGAGAGUGUCACACAUGGGAGGGCUUCAAAGCAAAUCAGUUCACCGCUGGAAGCCGAACCUUUUCCUUUGAGAACGAUCCGUGCGAGUACUUCACCACCGGAAAGGUGAAGGCGACGACGCUGUCCUUGUCCGUGCUUGUUGCGAUCGAGAUGUUCAAUGCAUUGAAUGCGCUCUCGGAAGACGGCAGUCUUCUGACGAUGCCACCGUGGGUGAACCCGUGGCUGCUGGUGGCUAUGGCGGUCUCCUUUGGGCUCCAUUUUGUGAUCCUGUAUGUUCCACUGUUGGCCAAUGUCUUCAGCAUCGUUCCGCUCACUCUGAAUGAAUGGCUGCUUGUCCUUGCAGUUUCGCUCCCUGUCAUUCUGAUUGAUGAGGUGCUCAAGUUUUUCGGACGGAUGAUGUCUGCUCGAGAAAGGCGGCAAAGAAAGUUGAAGAUGAAUUGAUUGAUGUCGGUCGAUUGGAGGAUGGGAAAGUGGGGGGGGGCCAUUGGCGGGGGGGUUGCCUAGCGGAGGAGUGGCAAUUGCGCCCGGAAGGGGAUAAUUUUGGUAGCCUAAGGUAGGUAGGGAAACCACAAGGCUCUUAGAAAAGAGAUGGGUGGCUCCAACUCCUUACGUGCAUCAAGUGUGGAAUCGGAGGGGGUUUUAGCGGUGCUCGUUUGCUCGAGACCUCACGGCUCGUUCACGUUGUCAGGGUUGGAACAGCAGCAGCAUGUCAUGUUGAUCCAUUCCCGGUGGAGGUAGGAGUGGCAAUUGCGCCCGGAAGGGGAUAAUUUUGGUAGCCUAAGGUAGGUAGGGAAACCACAAGGCUCUUAGAAAAGAGAUGGGUGGGGCCCAACUCCUUACGUGCAUCAAGUGUGGAAUCGGAGGGGGUUUUAGCGGUGCUCGUUUGUUCGAGACCUUGUCAGGGUUGGAACAGCAGCAGCAUGUCAUGUUGAUCCAUUCCCGGUGAAGGUAGGUGGACUUGAUUAUUUUUUGGUAUACGAAGACUGAUACGACCUUCCGCGGUGUAGUUUCCAUGCCCAGUUCCCAGUCCCAGUUCCCGGUCCCAGUCCCAGUUCCUGGUCCGAGUCCCAGUUCCCAGUCCCAGUUCCUGGUCCCAGUUCCAGUUCCCAGUCCCAGUUCCCAGUCCCAGUUCCCAGUCCCAGUUCCUGGUCCCAGUCCCAGUUCCCAGUUCCCAGUCCCAGUUCCCAGUCCCAGUUCCUGAUCCCAGUUCCUGGUCCCAGUUCCCGGUCCCAUUUCCCGGUCCUAGUUCCACGUUUUGGGGUCCUAUGAGAGGGGUUUAAACUCUCCCUAAUAUGUCAGGUCUAAGGUGCCGAGGGGUCACCGAGGUCAUAAAUGGUAUACACUGUGCACCGCCACUUUUUUUCACCAUCGUUUCGCUCUACUGCGACUCCCAUUUUCGGGGGUUCAAAUUUUUUCCCCUCAGCUGAUUCCUCAGCUGAGUGUGCUUUCCUCUGUUUGCCACUUUGCCCUCGAGUGAGUUCUAUUCUUUUUCUUCUUCUUUAUUAAAGUUUAUUUUUAUUUCUCCUAUUUUCGGAGCUGCCACUUGGUCCGGCAGUAUUGUCUGCCGAUGAGCACUAACUUCCACUUUCGCUCCUUUAGAGGCUGCCACUUCCAUCUUCCCCAGCCCCAUUUGAUUCUCGCGCUUUCUCGCGCGCGCGGGCGUCACUUGGCCCACAACCUAUUUUUCACCAUUGUAACUGCCUCAGCGGAGGUUUUCUCGACUACCGGUAGUCGUCACUGAAUUUGCAAGGGAUUCUGUCCGUUAUGUGUGCGCAUUCUGAAACGGCGGAGGUGCCACGCAGCGGCCUCUGGCUCAGGCCUGCCUCUGGAUGCCUCCAGCAAGUUGCAUGUCUCUUUCCAAGUUUUGCCUCCUUGCCCGCAGACCCUGUUCGAUCUCUCCCGUUCCGAAGAGAGGCUGUCGGUUGAGGUAGAGCCUCAAGACGCGCUCGAGCAGCACCUAUCUAUAAGGACACUCAGCUAACAUACUUAGCUUUUGUUCAUGCUUAGUGGCGUUGUAGGCCGCUGCAAGAGCGGGCCCUACUGACUAGGAGCUGACCCAGUGAGGUAGCAAGAACGUGAAUGGCGGCGGCGAAUGCCAAAUGAUGAUAUGAUGUGCGUGAGUUGCUGUUGCUGGUCGGUGUAACAAGCACAUGCUUGACGUUGCGGAGAAUGGCUUCAAAAUACAGUGUUGAGCAGCUUCGUUGCUCGAUCAGCAGUGCGUUGCUUCAUCAGGCCGUCCACACGUGCGAGGUUCUACAUAACUGGGCGGUGGUUUCGAGUGUUAUGUAGAGAGCGUAUAGGAGAGGCUUUGCCGAUGAUUUUUCCCUACCAUUCUCUAUCUUCCCCUCCGCCUUUGUCUCCCGUACACGCGACAGAGCAGAUUGGUGUCUGUUCAGGACAUCAAUCUCAGACUUUAGAGAAGGGACGAAGCCACGAUUCCGGCGAGGGGUUAUCAAAUUCAUCAUGAGAAUUCAGUAUCAGGGAAGGAAAAGUGAGUGUUCAUGUCCAUUGUUCAUGUGCACUCGUUUGUGAAUGACCAGGGGACAGAUUCCCCCAUUUUGCCAUCUCUCUCUCUCUCUCUCUCUCUCUCUCUCUCUCUCUCUCUCUCUCUCUCUCUCUCUCUCACACACACACACACACACACACACACACAUUCACAUACACACACACACACACACAUUCACAUACACACACACACAUACACACACACACAUACACACACACAUACACGCAUUCACAGCUGCAUGGUGAUGAUGUGUUGUUCUUAUGGGCUAUCCCUGUCGCCUUUCUCCUUGGUCCUCCUUGGGCGAUCUUGGACAAGGCGAGUGCGUGGUGCAAGUUUGGAGGGCCUGCCUGUUCUUAUGGGCUAUCCCUCAUGUUACGAGCGGUAUCGGGGCUCCAGAAAG